AAAACGUAAAAUCCAUAAAAGGAGAUUUUUUACCAGGAGAUUAUUUGAGCGAGACUUUAUAUCAGGCGGAUAUCUUGUUAUGUAGCAAGACGGAAUAUGCGAGAAAGUAUUUUGGUUAUAUUGCUGACAUGGACUUUCAUGGUGCAUCAAGGGCUAUGCGGCAGAUUGAAAAAGAUCGCUCAACAACCGAGCAAUCUACUAGAGGACUAUUCAUCCUAUCGUCAUAUCUCGAUCAUACAUUUCAAUGUGCCGGAACAUCUUGUCGCGGUCACUUUCAAAUUUACGGCGGAAGAAGAGAAGACUGGUGGAAUAGGUAAAUGCCUGCCGCGCAAUGUCUCUUUGCAUUUAAAAACUGGUAGUUUGCCGUUUGUUCGUCCUGAUGGAUCGAAAGUGGCCGCGAACCUAAUGAAAAGGCGGCAACGGCAUUACAGUCUACAGAUGCAGAGUAACGGAGACGAAUAUACGAUCAAGGUAGAAGCUCCGCCAGCGGGUGAUUGGUAUACAAUUGCUUUUCGAUCCUGGACUGAUCCUAAUGAUGAGCAAAUCAAGCAACAAGGUCUCGGCGCGUCUUGUGAGACUGUGCUAGACUCUGAAAUGUUCGUGGAGAUGCCGGCCAUGACGUUGCUGGUGAAUCCUGGAAUCGAACAUGAGGUACAGUUGAACGAGACAUCGGAUUCAGCGAUAAUGCAGUUUCUUGUGCCGGACGUCGGCUUCGUGGAGCCGAGCUUAUUGUUGAAUUCAUCUUGCGGUGAGGACUGCAACAUUACUGUCCAUAUUACAGCGGGGGAUAACCUCGCCAAUGUUUUGCUGAAUUCUACACAGACGUCGCUGUUAUUCAAGCCCUAUGCCGGCAGUUUCCACUACGUAACUCUUCGUCUACUUUCGGGGAACGCGUCAAACGUAAUAGUGCGAUUGAUAAACCAAACAGUUUUUGAUCAGGUGACAUUGGUGGAAUUGACAAGAAAGUCCUUCCCAGAGUUCUUUCUCUUUGACUAUGAACAUCUACGCGGCAACGAAACAAAACCUCAGCCUUUCAACAUAACCGUCGACGCUCUGUCCGUCUUUAGCUUUAAGAUUGGUCGGGUGUACGAUGUUGGUGGCACAGUCACCUUGGGGUUUAAGCUAGUCGAUAUAGACGAGAAAUAUAAGAAGAACAUCAUCCUUGUCGCCUGCGUUUCUUUUGGUCGCUACUCGAAUAUAACAUCGGGCGGUGCCUGUGAGCGUGUACAUAAUGUCACGACAGCCGACGUAUACGUGAACUCGACCGGACCAGCAUACGUACACGUGCCUUUCCCGGAAGCGGGAAUCUGGUACGUGAGUAUGCGCGCCUACUGUUUAGAGGAGACUACCAGCGAUAACGAUAUUUGUCACUGCGGCCAGACUUGCCUUGGCGGUGACGCGGCAUGCGACACCUGCGACUGCCUAUCGCGCUGUCCUGUCUCAGUGGAGAGCAUAGUGGCGUCGUCACCGUGCAUCGAGGGCCGCUGCAACGAUCACGGCAAGUGCAUGCACUGCAUGAGCAGCGGCUUCGUCUUCUCGACGUGUCUCUGUACCGGAGGUUACCGCGGCUUCGAUUGUGCCGACGACGCCUAUGUCCUCACUCAUGGCGGUAUAAUCCUUCAUUUGCUGACCUUGACCUUCAGCAACCUUGCAUUCCUCGGAUCGAUAUACGUAGCAAUUCGCCGUGAGUACUUCACCGAGGCGCUCUCCUAUGCCGCAGUCAUGUUCUUUUCAACAUUCUACCACGCUUGCGAGGCUGGCGAGGACGUUUACGGCGUCUGUAUCAUGCGGCUGAGUGUGCUGCAGUUUUGCGACUUUUUCAACGCGCUGCUGGCCAUCUGGGUCACUCUAGUUGCGAUGGCGUCGCUCGGACCGCGGCUCACCGCCUUCUGUCAAAUAGCCGGCGCCAUCGUGCUCGCCAUGGGCGCCGAGAUGGAUCGUACGGCGCUCUGGGUGUUCCUUCUGCCGGCGGUCACCGGCUCCGCCAUUAUUGGAUUAUUCUGGGGAUACAGGUGCAGAAGAAGGCAAACUAUUAGAUAUCCUUCGCGUCCGUACAGAACCAUAUACUUUCCAGCCGGGCUUCUCCUCGUUGCUCUGGGUCUCGUUUCUUAUGCCUUCCUGCAAACGCGCAAGAAUUAUUAUCUCGUUCACAGCUUAUGGCAUGUGUGCGUGGCCAUUGGAGUCAUUUUACUUUUACCGAAACGGCAGUACAUGAAGUGAUGAAAAGCUGCCGUACUUAGAAAGUAAUUCGGGGAAAUCGAGGAAACUAUCAAUAAUUGCGAAGUGUAUAAACAGACUUAGAGCAGACUUGUCUGAAGAAUUCUCUAGAUACAAAUAAGUAUAUAUUGAUAAUAUAUAAAGCAGCUUUUAUAUAAAAGGAAUUAAGCGGAAACUCACUUUUUGGCUUUCUUCUUACAAGCGUCUGGUUAAUUUUGUGUAAUAGUUGCCCUAUUAAUUGGACACGUACAUGCAAAUUGUUAUUGAAAGGUGGUCAGAAUUUUACAGGUUUAUAAUAUACUAGUCACCGAAUAAAUAAUAUUUAGUCGACAUAGGUCCUUUCGUUUAAAUAGCGAUUUUCUCUUUCGGUAAUGUGCAAAUUACUUAUUUCAUACUCAUCGAUAUGAAAACAGGGUUAUCAGAAUUAAAGUUUAGUAGAAGAUAUGUCCUCGGACGAGAAAGAAUGUGGCUUCAGUAUGAAGGAACUCCAUAUUUAUUUUUAACCAAUAUCUAAUCAACAUCUGAUUCAAGUUUAGAGUAAAAAAAAUGGAUAAAACAAAGAGAUCCAAUUGUCCCCCCUUUUGUUCCGAUUUCAAUUCUCCAGACCAUUUUCCAAAACUUUAGCGAACUUUCUACUUCAUUCAGCAAUUUAAUAGAGUUACGACACUGAGAGUGUUUGUCAAAGCACUUAAAUACGACAGAUGUUUUUUUUAAGUACGAAAUAUGGUGAUACGAAGAUGUCAAAUGUAUAUUGCCUCUAUGUAUAAUACCUCUUACAACAGUUUAAAAUAAUAAAAUAAUUCUGUGAUAA